AUGAAUAAAUAUGGUGCAGAAUGUGAAAAGAGAUGUGAUGCUAGACAAUGUUCUGGUAUCUCUACUUGUAAUCAUGUAACAGGAGAAUGUAUCAAUGAUUGUAAACCAGGAUAUCAAGGAAUUGAUUGUAUUCAAGUCCAAUGUACUGAUGGUUGUAAACCAGGUUAUAGAGAAGAUGAUUGCACAGUAAAAUGUGAGACUGGUUUGUAUGGAGCAGGCUGCAGUAAGAAAUAUUCAGAUAGAAAAUGUGAUGACAAUACUAAUUGUGACAGUAAAACAGGAGAAUGUAUAGAUGGAUGUCAACCAGGUUUUCAGUUUACUGAUUGUACUCUAGAAUGUGAUGAAGGAUUCUAUGGAUAUAAUUGUUCAUCAAAUUGUUCAGCCAGAUUUUGUCAAUCAGAAGACCAAUGUAGUAAGAUAGAUGGAGCCUGUGAUUGUCUGGCUGGAUAUCAAGGAACUGAUUGUACUCUUAUAAAAGAAGCUUCUAAAGAUAAUGAUAAAGAUACAGGGCACGAUAAUAAAGAUACAACAAUAAUUAUCUUAGCAGUUGUUAUAAGCAUUUUGGUGGUGAUUUUGAUCAUAUUUGUUGUUGUUUUCAUCAAAUACAGAAAAUCUCAGGGUACAAACCAUACAGACAACAAUGUUUAUGAAAGUAACGGACCAACAACAGCUCAUAUUUACGAUGAUUUAGGUUCUAGAAAUCCUGAAAACUUCACAAAUCACCCUUCAUCUGUCUAUUAUAACACGUCGGGAGUUUCAAUAGAUGCAUCUCAAUAA